AUGCCGUAUGCGCAAGCAAGCCAUCUUGCUGCAAUGGCCGAGUACCUGGAGGCCCUAGGCUUGUCAGAAAUCGCCCAGCUCGGCUACGGUGCUGGAGAACCGCCCGCGGACGACGCGCAACUAUUUGCGGGAUCCAUUCAGCUCGCUUAUAGCGGUAUAACUGCUGGGUUAGAGCCAACGACGCUCCACUGCUCACCAUUCCCCGCUCUAUACGGCUCACACCCUGGUAUCGCGAAUGAACACCUGGAACGCUGCCCACCGCUCGUCUGCGCAAGCGCUAUCGGGCGCUUCAACGAGCUGUAUAAUGGGGUUUUCGUGCGUCUUGACCGCUUGACACUGGCGUUCGUGCUCGGAGAUGACCGCCAGUCCAUAGUUGCUGCCGACCUGCUGCAACUUGUCGUUAACCGCGCUCAUGUGCUGAUGGAGGCUCUGGCAAACAAGGAGAGCAUGCUGGACGUCGACCCAGUGGGUUACCGCGAGGUGGCCGACCGUCUUAAUGCUGUUAGCACUCGGACUAAAAUCGGCUUUCCCCGCCUCAGCUCUUCUCAAUUCGGCGUCGUCGUCCCUCCUCCUCCUGGUUCUCGCCUCCCUACACUGGAGGAAUUUCGCGUCCGCCCCGAGGAUAUCCGCGUUGAGCCCGAGGCUACUCCCCGCACCCCCCGUGGUCGACCCUGCCCUGCUCAUCCAGCCCGGGUUUGUCCAGGUUAA